ACAGAGCAGCGACCAUCAGAACAGCGAAGGACUCAGAGGAACCAGCCGCAGCCAGUUGAUAUCAUAAGAAGAUUUACACAUAUUUAAUACCAGCAGGUGCUUGUGGAGUUGCAGCUCCCCCGCUACUGAUGUCCACGGAGCUGAAAUAAGCGAGAAAACACAAAGAAAACCCCACCGGAGAGCCCCAAAACUCGGGGUUGAACUCUUCACCCCUUUCUCCUGCUGCAGCCAAUUGGCCAAGAAGCAAUCCAGUAAAAAUGGAGAACCUUCACCCCCACUGCCUUAAAUGCAUCAACAGAAGAUGCAUGGUAAGACCAGAGACGGGUGUUUCCUGCGACCUCAUCGGCUGUCCUCUCGUCUGUGGGGCAGUUUUUCACUCGUGCAAACUUGAAGAACAUCGUCUGCUGUGCCCAUAUGAACGGCUGCCUUGCCUAAACAGCGGGUUCGGCUGUCCCUUCACUAUCGCAAGGAUCAAGAUGGCACAACACCUUGAGACGUGCCCUGCAAGUAUAGUGUGUUGUACUAUGGAGUGGAACCGCUGGCCCGUGAGCUACGCUGAUCGCAAGUCCUAUGAAAACUUGAGCAAAGACUUUGAUGAGGUGGAGCAGCUAGACAUGGCGUUGGCCCUGCAGGAUCAGAGGAUGUUGUUGGAGUCCCUGAAGGUCACGACGACUGUGUCGAAGAACGGAGACAAAGAAGUAGAUGAAAGUGACAAAAUGGCCACGGCGUCAAGUUUACCAGAGACAGUGUUAGGGAAUGGAACUGUGGAAAUGGAGGAGGAGCCCUAUAAUGAGCUGUAUAGGGCUUCAGUGGAGACAAGCAGAAGUUUAGCUGCUGCCUUGGACAUUCUUACUAAUUCCAAGGAUAUAGAUGUAAUUGUUGGAAAUUUAAAUGGUGAAAAGACUGAUAAGAAUGGUGCACUCCACAAUGGAGAAAAUGGGGAUAGUCAUAGCGUCUAUGUCGCUGAGGAGGAGAAGAAUGUAGACAUGCAAGAGAGUGACUCUGAUUCAGAUUGUGAGCUCGGAGCAGUCGGUGGAGUGGAUUGCGCUGUGGGAACAGAUGGAGAUGAAGAUGGUAUAAACUGGGCAGACGACAGUAAUUUUGUCGAGCUGUUCUUUGAAGAGAAGGAAGACAUCAUUGAAGAACCAAUAAAUGAUUCCAACCUUGUCUGGCCAGAGAUGCCUCAGGAUUACAUGCCUGUUGUAGCACUGGAGCCCCCUGUGCCUCAACAAGCGCCACUUGCACCUCCAAUGCCAUUCCUGCUGUCUGAUCACAUGAGAAAUAAUUUCUUGCAACACUUACCCACUGAACUCAGGUACAGGUGUUUGGAGCGCAAACUACAGAAUGUAGAGGUGCUCAGAGGAAUCAGUAUGUUUACAUUUAACGGCCGUCGGGCCCUGCUGUCAGACCCGUACUUGUUUCGAGCAAAGAUGGAGGAUAAGGCAGUGGACACGUCUGACCUGGAGGUAGCAGACGACCCCAUGGGCCUCCACGGCAUCGACCUCAUCACUGCUGCUUUGCUCUUUUGCCUUGGCGAUUCUCCAGGAGGCAGAGGCAUCUCAGACAGCAGGUUUGUCGACGGCUACCACAUUGACUUUGGUACGCAGACAUUCUCCUUCCCUUCCGCCAUUCUCGCAACCAACACCAUGGUGGGGGAUAUCGCUUCAGCCUCGGCCUGCGAUCACGCCAGUCCACAGCUUUCCAACCCCAGCCCCUUCCAUACUCUCAGACUGGAUCUAGUGCUCGAAUGUGUGGCCCGAUACCAAACCAAACAGCGCUCCAUGUUCACGUUCGUGUGCGGGCAGUUAUUCCGACGGGACGAGUUCUCGUCUCAUUUCAAAAACGUUCACGGGGACAUCCACGCUGGCCUGAACGGCUGGAUGGAGCAGCGCUGCCCCUUGGCCUACUACGGCUGUACCUAUUCCCAAAGACGAUUCUGCCCGUCUGUACAGGGCUUCAGAAUCAUCCAUGACAGGCACCUUGGUUCUUUCGGGGUGCAGCCUGGUUUGCCUUUGAAAACUGGGGACAACCUUCCUAGAAAGACCCGCUACUACGGCUCUCAGUGCGAUCAGUUCAGCAACCUUCCAUUUGAGGUGUUGCAACACGUAGCAAGUUUCCUGGACAGCUUUAGCUUGUGCCAGCUGUCCAGAGUGUCGCGCACCAUGAGGGACGUUUGUGCCAGCCUGCUGCAGAUGCGAGGAAUGGUCGUCCUGCUGUGGGAGAAGAAGCGGCGUGAUGACGGGUCUCCUUCAUGGCAGAUCACAGACAAGGUGUGGCGGUUCAGCACAGCCUUUGGUACAGUGAACGAGUGGAAGUUCGCAAACAUCGCCAGCAUGGCCGACCACCUCAAGAAAUGCAAGUUCAACACAAUCGCUCGCCGGGAGGAGGCGAUCCCUCUGCCGUGCAUGUGUUUCACCAGAGAGCUCACGAAGGAGGGGAGGUGUCUACGUUCAGUCCUCAAACCAGUAGCAUAAACAACAUCACCACCUUUUGGACAUUUCUGAGACCAUCAGAACUCAAAUACUUGUGUUUUCCUCCAGUGUUUACAGACGAUAUUCUCUUCAGGCCUCAAAAAGAAAACUCCACAUUGAACAUUUAUAAACUGUUGGUUGUUUUUUGCUUCACAGUGGAAAAGAAUCCGUCAGUCACAUAAAAAAGACAAAGCCAGUAGUGAGCCAAUUCUAUUUCAGCUGAGGCUGACAUGCAGCAAUCACAGAUGAGAACUGUAAACAGGCAAAUUGAAGUUCUAGCCUUGUAUCCUCCACUCUGAUGGAUUUCUAAUACCAGUGUACUGAAGCUGUACCCUUAUCUACUCUGACAUUGUGUAAAUAAUCAGAUGUUUUGAUGUAGAUUUUUUUAUUUUUUAUAUCAAGACGUCAGUACUGUGCCACAUUGGUGGUAAGAGUAGAGCCUUAACUGAAGAUACACUUGAUUUUCUAGCCGUGAGGUUGUUCAGAACAUCUCAGUGAGAUUUCUCUACUGCUUCUAGCUGGAACAGUUUACUGGUAUCUUGCACGGUUUUACAUGUUCUCCUGAUACCUAGAGUGACCAUUUGUGUACUGCUUAGAACUGACAGAUUUCAUGGCUUUAAUACUACAUUUUAAGACUGACCAAACACCUGUGCUUGUUAUGAUGUUUGCCAUUUUACAGGAUCCUGUGAUGAGCUUUAUCACCGUGGAUGUUGAUUUCUGUUCACCAGCAAAAGCAUGUUGACAUCAUUCUGCCUGGUGUUGAAAUUUAGCGGGUUUGGCAUGUUAUAGCGUUAACAAAGGUGGUCCAUCCUCCUCUUUUCUUCUCUCACUGACUAAUGUGCUGGCGUGUUGGUCAGGGUGAGACACGAAGCAACACUAUUCACCAGCCAAAUGGCAGUACUUUUUAUAACCGUGGUUGGCUUGUGGGCUUUUCUACCAGCUACUCUGACGAGUAACCAGCAACUGUUCGUAGGUUCUUUUCUCCCAAAAAAAAUCUAAAUGUAGCAAGCGAAAUAAUGAAUGUACUCGGUGAACACAUCAGUGGUUAGCAAGCAGGAAGCUUGGUUUCCUUCCCCUCAGUGUCAGACCUCAUAAAACCCUGCAGGCCAGGUUUUAGGAAACAUGACGGGCACACACUUCCCUCCAUUAGUGAGCAUCACUAAUUACGUUCAUCGUCAUUAUUUAUCAUGCUUCUAUGUUUUCGGCACUACAUGUCCACUGUAUUCAAGUGUUGUUGGUGUCUCAGGGUUGUAGCAUGAAGCUUUGUCUUGCAGUAGGUUGUGUGUAGUCGAGAAAAUUGACAAUGCGCCACUCGAUGGUUGUGGGUCUUAGAACUGACUCAGUAUUAAAAUAACAUAACGGCGUGUGUGUGUUGCAGUGCUGGAAUAACAAAUGUUUUCAUGUUUGUCAUCCAUCAGCGAUGUGUUUCGAACUAAAACAGGCUGUUGGCCAAAAGUGCUUUUCAAACAUUCUUUUUAAGCACUGAGUGAUGCGUUUUUUUGUUGUUUUUUUAGGUGUAAACCUGAUUGGUUUUAUUCCCUUAUGUGUGAAAAGCUUCAAAUUCUUUUAAAUGAAGAAUGAAAAACUGGGUAAAAAAUGUCAGAAAAGUAACAGCAGUCAUGAAAAUGUGGAUAUUCCUUUGAGAAAAAAAUGAAUUUCUUUUUUUUUAAUAUUUUUGAGUUUGAUGUAAAGCCCAAACUGUGUUGAAACCAAGCUGUCUUUUUGUCUAAACAAGUCCCCCUCCAUGUUUUUUUUCUUAUUUUUUGUACUGGUACUUGUAUUUGGAAAGAAAUCUGCCUCUUUAAGGUCUAGAUUUGAAUUAUUGAUUUGCACAUGAAGGCAUGUACUGUAAAAUUUAAAUCCUAAAGCUGAGGGCUUGUUUUUGCUUCCUCGUGUUCUGCAUGUUCUGAGUUUGACGUCUUUGGAAAAUGUAUCGGUAAGUCCAGUUGCAGGCUAAUUUAUACAGUUUAUUCUCAGGCACUGUGCAUCGAUUUAGUACAUUUUUAUGUAACUUUCAUGGUUUUCUAAUCUUGUACCACAAUGAACGUCACAUAGACCUGAUCACACGCUCACUGUUCAGGUUUAAUCCUGUCAAAUGUAUGAAACUGAGCAUUAAAUCAGUCUUUUGCUCCAUCGGGGUUCGUACAUCGAGCAAGACGAAUAUGAGGUUUUCGUCAGCAGAUCGCCUCUUUUGUUCAGUCUUUGCACCUGGAGUGUAUCAACAUUUUCAUCAGUAUUGUAUUUUCACUCCUGCUGAAGUGUGUUUGUUGUUUUUUUUUCACCACAAUAUGCCAGCUUCAUUUGUUUGACUUUUGAAGCAUUUUAAUAAAGAGGUUCUCGGUUUUUAAA